UGCUGUGGAGGUCGAUGGCGGUGACGGCCGCACGACGUGGCAAAUAUACUAAAAGCCCCUGAACUAUGUAUGCAGUUGAAAAGGUUGAGUUGAAUGUCAUGGCAUGUGAAUAUAUUUCCAUUUUUUCAAAACUACUCUUUUUCUUACCUAGCUUAAGGAGAACUGAAGAAUUUAACAGUUGUUAGAGACUCAUUGAAACUCCAGGAGGGCUAGAGUGUCAGGUCUGUAGGCUAGGGGGCUGGGGACAGUAACCCAGUUACCCUGAGGUGGGGUUCCCUGCUCUGCCCUUAGCGCACGUCCAGCAGCUCGCACACCCUGCCCCCCAGUACUGAGGGUGGGGUGCCAGUAGGUGCCCUGUCUGCCCUGCGGUUUCUGAAACAGUCUCUUUACCGUCCUAAGUUCCACAGGGCACCUCCUCCAUUUCUCCACUGUCUUCUGGGUCACAGGCACAUCUCAUCAGCCAAGCACAGGCCAUUGGCCUUGACCUUGACUAAAAGGCAGCCCAGGAAAGAGAAUUUCCAGCCUCUUCCCUGGGAAGGUAGGAUUCUCCAAGUGGGAAGUUCCUCAAAUAUUAGAGCCUUCUUUUGUUUUUACGGCGCUGAUCAAAGGGCACGAGAAGUUUCCAGUAGAGGUGUCUUCCCACGUUAAGGUUAUAUCAUUUCUGUUUUAAUGGUUUUUCAGUUUUUCAGAAUGAUUGGUGGGGAGGCUUAUUUCAACGGAUGAAGGGCUGAGUUCUCCCAAGAGAACCUUGGGAGACAAACAUGGAGGAAGGAACAGUGUGUUGAGCCAAGAGCUGUUUCUUCUUUCACUUAUCCAACACAUUGCUAUAUGUUUUAAAGUAGCUAUGGAUGCUGGGCAAAGUGCCAAGCCUGGGAGACACAACCGUGAAGAAGAUGCGUACGCAAGACCUUAGCUCUCGAGCUCCUUAGGCUACGUGGUGAGGCAAGCAAGAAUAAUGCUGCAUGCCAAGCAAAGAAAUUGGAUAUGAACAGAAAUGCGCAGGAGGCAUAACUGUUAGAUUAAAACUCCAGCUUCCUCUUUCGUUAACAAAUGAAGUCUCCUCCGUAUCAGCGAGGAAAGUGAGGGCCUUUUAUGGUCCCUAGGGAAAUGCGUUCCUCACCUCCAAUUGCCGUCAGCUCUACAGGGCAAUAAAUCAAUCCUGGCAGGAGCUGGCUCUGUCAGCCCGGCCACCUUUGCUCAGUGCUCCCGAAGAACCACCGAGGGACAGUCACAGCAAAUAAGAAGAUACGGUUAUGAGAUGGCGAGGAAGCUCAGUGUGCUGGAAGUCAUCCUGUUCAUCUUCUUCCUGAUCGUGUUGGCCGUGGAUGUCUUCUUGCUCUUUCUGGUGCUGGAGAAGCCAUCAGAUACUUCCUUCAUCCCACAGUGCCCAGCGAUCCCCGAAUCCGACAGGAUAGACUGCGCCCCUGGUCAGACGGCGACAGAGGAAGACUGCCGGUGGCGAUAUAAGUGCUGCUGGAAGCCGACAGCGGACCCCAAUGUCCCCAGGUGCUUCUUCCCCAGGAACUGGGGCUACGAAGUCAGUGACGGCGGCAAGAAACAGGAAAGCACAGGGCUUACUGCCAGUUUGCAAAGGACACCGUCCCCAUCUCUCUUUGGAAAUGAUGUCGUCGAUGCCCUCUUCACAGCUGAAUAUCAGACAUCCCGCCGUCUCCGUUUUAAGAUCACGGAUCCCAAUAACAUGCGCUAUGAAGUCCCCCAUGAAAACAUUAAGCCGUUUAAUGGCACGGCUGGUGCCGCCAACUUGAGCUAUCACAUCGAGGUCACUGACACACCCUUCAGCGUCAAAAUAAUGAGGACGAGCAACAACAAAGUCUUGUUGAACACGGACAUCGGGCCCCUCCUGUUCGCCCAGCAGUACCUGCAGCUGUCCUUCCGACUGCCCAGCGCCAACGUGUACGGGCUGGGCGAGCACGUGCACCAGCAGUACCGCCACAGCAUGGCCUGGCAGACCUGGCCCAUCUUCACCCGCGACGCCGCCCCCACCCAGGGCUUGAUUAACCUGUAUGGCGCUCACACGUUCUUCUUGUGCCUUGAAGACACCAGCGGCUCCUCUUUUGGGGUGUUUCUGAUGAACAGUAAUGCCAUGGAGGUCACCCUCCAGCCUGCUCCCGCAGUCACCUACCGCACCAUUGGGGGCAUUCUGGACUUCUAUGUGUUCCUGGGAGACACCCCGGAGCAAGUGGUGCAGGAGUACCUGGAGCUUGUUGGACGACCAUUCUUGCCUUCCUAUUGGAAUCUUGGGUUCCAGCUUAGUCGCAGGGGUUAUGGUAACAUCCAGGGUUUGGAAGAAGUUGUAAACCGAACUUGGAAAGCUGGGAUCCCAUAUGACGUCCAGUACUCGGACAUAGACUACAUGGACGGAAAGAAGGACUUCACUGUCGAUGACAAGACUUUCCCUGGUCUCCCAGGUUUUGCCGAGAACCUACACAAACUUGGACUGAAAUAUGUCAUUAUCAUGAAUCCUGGCAUCUCGAAUGAUUCUGACUACUCUACCUUUAUAAACGGAACCAAAAAGAGAGUGUGGGUCUUGGGGGACAACGGCUUUGUCCUUGGGCAGGGAUAUCCCGGAUGGACAGUCUUUCCUGAUUAUACGAAUCCAGCUUGUCCUCCGUGGUGGAUAGAAGAGUUCAGAAAAUUUCAUACAUCUCUGAAGUUUGAUGGAGUGUGGAUUGAACUGGACGAAGUCUCUAACUUGCUCCCAGCUUCUGACCGUAGCUGUGAAGACAACCAGUUGAACUUCCCUCCCUUCACUCCUCGAGUGCUGGACCGCUUGCUGUUCGCAAGGACCCUCUGCAUGGAUGCUGAGUUUCACUGGGGCCUCCACUAUGACGUCCACAGCUUGUACGGCUACUCCAUGGCGAGAGCCACCGACGCGGCCCUGAAUAAUGUCUCCCCUCAAAAGAGGAACUUCAUCUUAUCCCGCUCUACUUUUGCCGGAUCUGGCAAGUUUGCUGCUCAUUGGUUGGGGGACAAUGCAGCCACCUGGGAUGAUCUCCGAUGGUCCAUCCCUAGUAUCCUUGAGUUCAACCUGUUUGGCAUCCCCCUGGUAGGCGCCAAUAUCUGUGGUUAUACAAAAAAUGUCACGGAGGAGCUCUGCAGAAGAUGGAUGCAGCUUGGAGCAUUUUAUCCACUCUCGAGGAAUCACAACGGGCCUGGCUUCAAGGACCAGGAUCCGGCGGCCUUUGGAGAAGACUCCCUGCUGUUGAAAUCCUCCAGGCACUAUCUGAAUGUCCGCUACACCCUGCUGCCCUAUCUCUACACCCUCUUCUACCGCGCGCACACCCUGGGCGAGACUGUAGCCAGGCCCCUGGUCCACGAGUUCUACCAGGACCCAGCUACGUGGGAGGUGCACGAGCAGUUCUUAUGGGGGCCCGGACUCCUCAUCACACCGGUUUUACAUGAAGGUGUGGACCAGGUGAAAGCAUACAUACCAGAUGCCAUCUGGUACGACUAUGAGACAGGAGUGGCCACCCAGUGGAGGAAGCAAUGGGUGCAGAUGCUGCUGCCCGCUGAGAAGAUAGGACUUCACCUUCGAGGGGGCUGCAUAUUCCCCACCCAGCAGCCAAGCACAACCACCGAGGCCAGUCGGAAGAAUUCCCUGGGGCUCAUUAUCGCCUUGGACCACAAGCGAGAAGCAAAGGGACAGCUGUACUGGGAUGACGGGGAAUCUGCAGAUGCUGUAACUGGAAAUAAUUACACUCUCUACGAGUUUUCUGUCACCUCCAACCGUCUACAGGCAAAGAUCACGACUAAUAAAUAUAAGGACACCGACAACCUCAUGUUUACAGAUAUCACCAUCUUGGGAAUGGACAAGCAACCUGCUGACUUUACUCUCCUUAUGGGCGCUUCCACCCCCAUUGCAAAUGUCAGCUACAACACAUCAACGAAGGUGGUGAAGAUCACUGAUCUCAAGGGACUGGUGCUGGGACAGGAGUUCUCCAUUCAGUGGAGGCUUCCGGUCAGCGACCUGGAGAAGUUCAACUGCUACCCCGAGGAGCCCGCCGCCUCUGAGGAGAAGUGCAGCCAGCGGGGGUGCCUUUGGGAGCCCACCACCGUUCCUGGCGUGCCCACCUGUUUCUAUGACACUAUCCCUAAUUAUGCUGCCAGUAACAUUCAGUAUUUGCCCACCGGCAUCGGCAUGGACCUUACGCAUCUGACGGCCUCUGAGUCCCCACGAGCAGCAGCACCGCCACCAUCACCACGGGGCGCGCUCCCUCUGCCCGCAGCAGCCGCGACCUCUGACCCUCUCUCUGCAAAGAUCAGCUUCCUUAAGCUCAGCGUGACCUACCACACAGAAAGCAUGCUGCAGUUCAAGAUCUAUGACCCCACUAAUAAAAGGUACGAGGUCCCAGUGCCUCUGAACAUCCCUUCCUCUCCUGUUGGCUCCCCCGAGAACCGUCUGUAUGACGUCGAGAUUCAAACCAAUCCUUUCGGGAUCCAGAUUCGACGAAAAGGCUCCGGAACUGUGAUUUGGGACUCCCAGCUCCCCGGCUUCACCUUCAACGACAAGUUCCUUUCCAUUUCUACUCGCCUCCCCUCUGAGAACAUCUAUGGCUUUGGAGAGACUGAGCACACAGCUUUCAGAAGAAACAUUAGCUGGAACACGUGGGGGAUGUUCGCUCGAGACAAGCCACCAGGGUACAAGAAGAAUUCCUAUGGCGUCCACCCUUACUACAUGGUCCUGGAGAACAGCGGCAGUGCCCACGGAGUGCUUCUGCUCAACAGCAACGCCAUGGAUGUGACAGUCCAGCCCACGCCUGCCCUGACGUACCGCACCACGGGAGGGAUUUUGGAUUUUUAUGUGGUUUUGGGGCCAACCCCUGAGCUCGUCACCCAGCAAUACACGGAGUUGAUUGGUCGGCCGGCAAUGAUUCCGUACUGGGCCUUGGGAUUCCAGCUGAGUCGCUAUGGAUACCAGAGUGAUGCUGAAAUCUCCAGUUUGUAUGACGCGAUGGUGGAGGCCCAGAUCCCCUAUGAUGUUCAACAUGCAGACAUAGAUUACAUGGACCGGAAGCUGGACUUCACCCUCAGCAGCAGCUUUCAAAACCUUGGUCCCCUGAUGGAGCGAAUGAAGCAAAACGGCAUGAGGUUCAUCCUCAUUCUGGACCCAGCCAUUUCUGGCAACGAGACCCAGUAUCUCCCAUUCACCAGAGGCCAGGAAGGCAAUGUGUUCAUCAAGUGGCCAAACAGCAGUGACAUUGUCUGGGGGAAGGUUUGGCCGGAUCUGCCCAAUGUGCAGGUGGAUACGUCCCUUGACCAUGAAACGCAGGUUAAGCGGUUCCGAGCCCACGUGGCCUUUCCUGACUUCCUGCGGAACAGCACAGCCGCCUGGUGGAAGAGGGAAAUAGGAGAGCUCUACACCAACCCCCGGGAGCCGACAAAGAGCUUGAAGUUCGAUGGACUGUGGAUCGAUAUGAACGAGCCAUCGAACUUUGUGGAUGGAUCUGUCGGGGGCUGCCGCGAUGAAAUUCUUAAUAAACCGCCUUAUAUGCCAUAUUUGGAGUCCAGGGACGGUGGUCUGAGCAGCAAGACCCUGUGCAUGGAGAGCGAGCAGGUCCUGCCCGACGGCUCCCGGGUGCGGCACUACGACGUGCACAGCCUGUACGGGUGGUCCCAGGCCAGACCCACAUACGAAGCUGUGCAGGAGGCCACAGGAAAGCGAGGGGUCCUCAUCACCCGCUCCACCUUCCCCUCGUCUGGCCGCUGGGGCGGACACUGGCUGGGAGACAACACGGCCGCGUGGGACCAGCUGCAGAAAUCCAUCAUUGGCAUGAUGGAGUUCAGCCUCUUCGGAAUACCUUAUACAGGAGCAGACAUCUGUGGGUUCUUUGGAGAUGCCGAAUACGAGAUGUGCGUUCGCUGGAUGCAGCUGGGGGCCUUCUACCCCUUUUCCCGGAACCACAACACCAUGGGGACGAGGAGACAAGAUCCCGUGGCCUGGAAUUCAACCUUUGCGAUGUACUCCAGAAGCGUCCUGCAGACCAGAUACACCCUGCUGCCCUACCUCUACACCCUGAUGCACAAGGCCCACGCGGAGGGCAGCACGGUCGUGCGCCCCCUACUGCACGAGUUCAGCGAGGACAGAAGAACGUGGGACAUAGACCGCCAGUUCAUGCUGGGCCCUGCCAUCUUAGUCAGCCCUGUGCUGCAAUCUAACACGUUUGAGAUCCAAGCCUAUUUCCCUGCAACCCAUUGGUAUGACUAUAGCACGGUAAGAACAAGCGGAAAUAUUUUGUGAAGAACCGGGGUGGUCCAUGCAGGCUGGAGAGGUGGCUGGAGUUUCCUCCUGGCUUCCAGACACCCAUUUGAUGAGGCAAUAGCGUUUAACCUUUCAGCGCGGUACAAGGUUUCUUUAAACAAAAGUAUCCAGUAAAGCGUAACUGGGUCAGAUCUGACUCCCACAUCACCCUGAGUCCUCCCCCAUCCCCCAUCCUUUCCUGGAGAAUAAAGAGAGAAGACCAGAUUUCCAGAGUUUUCAGCAAAGCUGAAAAGCGGAGAUUCUCUUUUCGAUUUGCAGUGUUUUGCUGACUUUCCAACGCACGGCCUUGGGGCGGACGGACUGGUGAGGAGGCAUACAUUUG